AUGGAAUACACCAGCAGUGGCAGUCUUCCAGACGUCGGUUCGCAGUCGUACAGGCCAGACAGGCCAGACAGACCGCCGAGAAGUCCGAGACACUACCCACCCCCGAGGUUACAUCUGUCGAACAAUGAACAGAACCAGAGUACCAGCGCUCAAUCACUAGAGUCUUAUCCUUCGGACUAUUCAAAUUCUGGACCGCAGAACGGGAGCGGUAGCAGCAUCAACAACUUCGCCUUCGUCCUGGCCCCAACCCACUCGCCCAUAGCUCCACCCGACUAUUAUGCGCAACACCACCGACGCACCCAACACCUGCAGUCACACCAUCGCACACACUCACACACACACUCGCAGCCACACUUGCAGAUACACUCGCACACCGAGACCCCCACGUCACCCAAUAUGAUUUCAUACCCUUCCCCGCCACGGGAAGUGUACGAUGGUCACAACCCAGCUUAUUCAGUCGGCGGUAGUAGCUCGCAAAGCAACACCGAUACCAACACCCAGAACGAGGGUCACCCCAGGGUGCUCUAUGCGUCAGACACGCACAGCAGCGCUGGCUUGUCUGAACCCGACUUAACGCCGCCAGCCAACUUCAAUUAUAAUAUGAACUAUCCUCCGGAGAGGCCCAGUAGUACUAGCAAUAAUAGUUCAAACUAUGCCCCGGCAAACUUGGGUGCAGAUCAGUCUGGAUCAGAAUACCCGCCACCUAAUUCGUUAAAUUCGGUGUUGUACGCCCCAAAUAGUCAACCCGAUUAUGCGCCUUCGGCACCAAAAUCGCCGAUUGAACCCCCACUGGACUCACCACCGGAUUUGUACCGAAGACAAUCGGAAACUGCCGCUCCGAAUAUAGGGCAUAUGCCAGAUCUCAGGCUAAUGACCAAUAGUUCAAUCGGGGUAAAUAGGAUUAACUCGAUGUUCAACACAGCUUUGCCCGGCGGCAGACCUGUGUUUGAGUCGCCGCUGGUGGCCGCAAUCGAUACCGGUGAGAUCGAGUACGGCGAUAUCCGGCGAGAAGAUAUUAUUGUACAUAAGGAAAUAGGCCGUGGGGCAUUCGGCACUGUGCUCCUCGGGAUGUGGAAGGGACGUACCAUCGCCAUCAAAAAGAGCAGAGCCGGCAAUGAAGAGCUGCUACACGAAGCCGAGAUGCUGCAAAAGUUGAAGCACGUCAACAUCAUAGCUGUCUACGGCAUCUACUUGGACUCAGACAGCUCUCCCUGUUUAGUCCUGGAAUAUUGCAAUCGCGGCAAUCUCUUCGAUCUGAUUCAUAAGGGAGAUAAAAAUAGAUUGCUGAGGGCGAAUGGACAGCCAGCCCCAGCAGAAGACAACGAACUAAUACCAUUCAAUAAGCUAAUGGACUAUUCCAGGCAAAUAUCAAGCGGCAUGAACUAUUUACAUAAUGAUACAGAACAAGAUAACUUAAUACACAGGUAA